CGUAAGAAUUCUCUCAGCUCCAUCAAAUUACAGGCUGUUCUUCGCUAUUUGAUGGCAAAAGGAAGGAACUUGCUUACAAGUCUGGAAUUCUGUUUGAUGAUUUUUUCUGGCUCACAAGUCAUCUUCACAAGAAAGGGGAAGAGAAUUAAUCAAUUGAAAAUUAGACAAGGGCAGACAGAGGGGUGCCUGCCAUCCACCCAACCCAUCUCGUACAUGCUUCGAUUUUACUACUGUAGUAUACAGUGACCCUAUUGUCGUCAUCGUCUGGGCUCGGAAGAAGCCCGCAUUUGGUAAUGCGGUGUAGUGUUUGGAGGGGAAUUCGUCAGAUUUGGAGGUUGGGAGUGAGGAUUUGGGAUUGCGGGAGCUCUUUGCAGGUAAUUUAGGGUUUUCUUUUGAAAGGGGGAUCUGUUGCUGGACGCAAUUUUAUCUGUUGGAAUGGGGAUUUUGAGUUCGAGAUCUGGCAACUGAGGGUGAAUACUGUGUUGUCUGAUUCAAUUAAAGGUUGCGUCGACAGUUUAAAGGAAUGGCUUCUGAUCUCAAUGCCGGACUAUCACAGAAUGCCGGCGUUCUGGGCCUCAAAGUUUGGGAAAUCAUUGGAAUAAUCGUCGGUAUAUUGAUUGUGGUUAUCCUCUUCGCGCUAACCUUCUAUUUAACUUCGCGGAAGAAAUUAAGAAGGGCGCAAGAAAAGCUUCCCGUUAGCCAAAUCCCCACCAUAUCCAAGGAAAUAAAAGAAGUAAGAGUAGAGCAUGUGUCGACAAAUGAAUUUGUCCCGCGCGACGGGAUUCUUCUCACAAUUCACGACAAAUCGAGCGACAAGGAAUCCGACAAAGUUCUGGUCCAUUUGGAAAUGCCCAAAGCCAAGAAUGCAGACAACAGCAGCCAAUCAGGCUCGUUCCAUCACGUCGACUGCGGAUCGCAAUCAGGCGAAGAGGGCAGCUCGGGAACUUUCAUGGGCUGCAAGCCGUCCUCGUCAUCUCAUCCAAUAACGGCUCCUUCUCCCUUGACCGGACUGCCCGAGUUUUCUCACUUGGGCUGGGGCCAUUGGUUUACUUUACGAGACCUCGAACUUGCGACCAACAGAUUUUCGAAGGAGAAUGUUAUCGGGGAAGGCGGUUAUGGCGUUGUUUACCGAGGGCAGCUUAUCAAUGGAACUCCCGUUGCCGUUAAGAAGCUCCUCAACAAUCUAGGUCAAGCAGAGAAAGAAUUCCGAGUGGAGGUCGAGGCAAUUGGCCAUGUCAGGCACAAGAACUUGGUCCGACUUUUGGGAUAUUGUAUUGAAGGAACUCAUAGGAUGCUCGUCUAUGAAUACGUCAACAAUGGGAAUCUAGAGCAGUGGCUUCACGGGGCAAUGCGUCAGCACGGUUUUCUUACAUGGGAAGCCCGAAUGAAGGUUCUCCUCGGCACGGCUAGAGCCCUCGCAUAUCUGCACGAGGCAAUCGAACCGAAAGUGGUCCACAGAGACAUAAAAUCGAGCAACAUACUGAUUGACGACGAAUUCAACGCUAAAGUCUCAGAUUUCGGUCUGGCUAAGCUGCUCGGCGCCGGAAAAAGCCACAUCACUACUCGGGUCAUGGGUACCUUCGGAUAUGUGGCUCCCGAAUAUGCAAACACGGGACUUUUAAAUGAAAAGAGCGACGUCUAUAGCUUCGGGGUUUUGCUAUUGGAAGCAAUUACGGGGAGGGAUCCGGUCGACUAUGGACGACCCGCACCUGAGGUUAAUCUGGUGGACUGGCUGAAAAUGAUGGUCGGGAGCAGGCGAUCGGAUGAGGUUGUGGAUCCAAAUAUCGAUACGAGACCAUCGACACGAGCCCUCAAAAGAGCUCUUCUUACUGCUUUGAGAUGCGUCGAUCCUGACUCGGACAAAAGACCCCGGAUGAGCCAAGUUGUUCGGAUGCUCGAGUCGGAAGAAUAUCCUAUACCGAGAGAGGAUCGGAGGCAGCGAAGGACCCGAGCGAGCAGCAUUGAGAUCGAGUGCCAACGCGAUAACUACGACACGGAUAAAAGCGACGGUCAGGAUUUAACGUCGGAGAGUAAAAGGAAGUCUUGAUAACAUGUGAAAAUUAUUUUGAAGGAGAAGGGAUGAAGAAGGGAUUUGGGGGCAUUGCUGAAGCCUCCAGUAGUAGAGACAUAUGUAUGUAGCUGGUAGAUUUUUAUUUUUAUUUUUUUCUAAAUUUAAUUUUCUGACGAGUAUCUUCUUCUCCAUAUAUAUCUGGUCUGGUUUGGUGUGUUUAAUUCUUGUGAACGAAUAUAGGUAGAUGAUUGGUUGUGUUUAUGGAAAUAGUGUACGUUAUAUAUGUGGAUGGAUCCUGACAUUUUUAUUUUAUUUUUUAUUUUUUA